AUGAGAGAACUAAUUCUUUUUGCUUCUGAUAGGAGAGUUGUAGAUGGCUCUCUUAGUUCUGAUGAUGAGGGUAAUGUAGGAGAUGGAGGAAUAGAUCACAAGAAUUUUCGUAAGUUUGCUGUUUACAGCAACAGACUUAUCAUUGGGUUUACUGGUAUUAUUGAUCACUGGAGAGUGAUAAGAGAUGAAAUGCUAUCGAAGGGUCUAACUAAUUACCAUGAUGUCGAAUCUUUUCUGCGGACAAGGGAGAAUAUUUGGACAGUGGGGAGUGGUUCAAGAGAUGCUAUGCGUGUUCUUUUGGCAAACAGAACCCCGACAUUGGGUAGCACUCUUGCAGUUAAUGCUGUGGUGGAAGCCGUAUGUGAAGCAGCAAGGAUGGACCGCAACACUGGCGGUUAUUGCAAGGUUGGAGUUAUUGGAGACGCUACUCGUCUUGUCUUGCAUGCACCAUUCAAGAUCAAAAAUCACUUGAUGGAUCGAAACUUCAGAGUCUUGCUUUAUCCGGAUGACUCAGCAUUUGAAGACGAGAGAACUCACAUCUUCGAGGACAACUUCAUUGUCGCUUUCACUGAAAAUCCAUGGCUCCAGCUGACCAAAUCAACAUUUGUCGAGGUUUACCGUGAGUCCCUUGAUGCCAUGUCGAAGACUGCCCCACUUGAUGAAGGGACUGGAGGCAACGUCCAUUGUCUAAUCCUAGAUGGGUCAGAACUGAAGAAUGAGGAACAGGAAGCACGCUCUAUAAACAUCCCACGGUAUUUGAGAGAACUUAAUCUAGGGACUCAAGCUUUACGGGGUGUUGAAGAGGAAGAUGGUUUACCAAAAGUGAUUUCUAUGUUUUCUCCAUCAUCCUCAGAGCCAGAGCCAUGGAGUUUCAGUGAAAGUGAUGAUGAAUCUGUUGUGGAAGAUGUGUGUUUUCUAUUUAAUACCUAA